GUCUCCCUCACCUCCAUCAGCGGAACCGGAUCCGGACCAACCGACAGGACCAAACCCGGUGUAAGACCCCUCUAACCGGGACAGUUUUAAAACAGACCGGUCUUUAGCCACACUUGCGGUUUUUCUGGAGACUUCCACCGCCCACUGAGGGUGAUGUAGCUCAGAGAAACCCCGAGCUGUUACCGGGGAGAAGACUUCCGUAGAGAAGCCCGGUGUUCUCAAAGCACCAGCAUGUGUAGGCUGUAAGGCUGUCCAUCAUGAAGAAGCGUGGGAAAAAGCAUCUGGAGGAGGAGGAGUCGUUGUGCUGCUGCGAGUAUGUGAACAGACUGGGGGAGCGCAGCCAUGUGGCCGCCUGCUGCUGCGACUGUGAGGACCUGGACGACGCCUGUGACCGGUUUCUAAAGAGGGAGUCCCAGAAACCCGAGUCCCUGUCUCAUGUGGCUGCAGUUUUCACAGACCGGAUCCGAGUGCCCUGGCUGUGGGGGGGGGCUCGCAGAGUGGAGCUGUCCGUCAUCCCUCCUCUCAUCCUCCUCCCGGUGCUUCUUCACAUCGCUGCCCUCCACUUCCUGCUGGGCGUGGUGUCUCUGCUCGCUCUGCCCGGCCUGGUGCUGUGGUACUACUACACCACCCACCGCAAGAAGGGCCGCACGCUGUUCUUCCUCAGCCUCGCCCUCUUCUCCAUCGGGUACAUGUACUUCUUGUUCCUCACCGAGGUGCUUCCCCGCGGGGAUUUUGGUCUCUUUCAGCCGGCUGUUGUAACUUUAGGGGUCAUACUCACCCUGGCGGCGCUUUUCCACACCAAGAGAGACCCUGGCAUCGUGCGGCUGAACCUAGAGGACGUCCACAGCACGGUGACGUAUCACAGCCCUCUGGCAGAGAGAGACUCUGCUGUGAGCGGGGGGAAACACGACGUGACGAUGACUGUAGCCAACAGGGCGGAGACGGCGAAGCAAGGGGAGGCGGAGCUGCAGGAAAGCGGCCGUAGGAACUGGUGUCCCGUGUGCAAAGUGGUGCGACCCCCGAGGGCGGGACACUGUCGGAUCUGUGGCGUCUGCGUCCGGCGUCUGGACCACCACUGUGUCUGGAUAAACAGCUGUGUGGGGCUGGCCAAUCACCGCAGCUUCCUGCUUCUGCUCCUCCUCUUCCUGUCGACGUCUCUGUACGGGAUCAGCCUGGUGCUGCGGAGCGUGUGUCCGGAUCAGCUCCUCCUCACCGCCCUGCUGUACUGCCCCGGGGUCUACGACCAGUACAG